AUGGUCGUUAAUCGUGAAAUCACAACGGUUGAGUAUGGGCUUGAAUCUGAAUCAUUGCAUAUAACUGAGGGAGACUGCUCUAGACUGGAUGACAGUGGGAUACCGCUACUAAAAGAUGUGAGAUGCAUAAUAAAUGAUGCCAGUCGUUUGCUUCCAUUCACCAAAUACUUGGCCGAUGAGGCAGAAUUUACUAGGAUGUAUGGGAGAGUUUUGCAUCUGCUGAAUGUUCCAGUACUGCCAUUAGCCAUAAAAACCUUAAUUCAUUUUUGGGAUCCUAAAUAUCGAUGUUUUACAUUUGGGAAUAUCGACAUGGUUCCUACCAUUGAAGAAUACAGUGUUUUGACAGAAUUUCCCGAGGAUAUCCAUAAGGUUUACUUUCAUCAAAAGAUUGAGAAUACUAUAGAGGAGCUCGCUAAGCUAUUGGGAAUCCGUCAAAUGAGCUUAUAUAGAGAAAAAAAUAAUUCUGGGGGUUUGAGAUGGAAACGACUAGAAGAGCUUUUGAUUGCUAAAAAGUCUAAUAUUGAUGCUAAUUUGGAGGUAUACCGAAUAUUGGCUUUGGGGAUAUUUGGGUUGAUUUUGUGUCCUUCGACGACCGGAAUUAUCAGUUUAGAGGCAGCUAAUUUGUUUAUGGAGUAUGAGAAGACCAGAAUUAAUCCUUCUGCUGCGAUCUUGGCUGAAACUUUUUUAUCUCUCAAUCAUUGCAAAAGGAUUGGGAAAGGUUCUAUAAGAUGUUGUGUUCCAUUAUUGUUCAUUUGGAUGGUAAGCCAUAUAGAAUCCGAGACACCAAUAUUCCGAAAUUUUUGGUGGUUUGACCAAAAGCCACUCGAGUUAUUUGUAUCAAGUGAAUGGGAAAACUUUUCUGAAGAUGAUUGGAGGGUAAAAUUGCAAGGAAUUCCGCAAAGCAAUUUUAAUUGGAGAGCUCCAUGGAUGAAAAAUGUAGCAUACCUAAUGGGCUGUGGGAAAAAGCCUUGGGUACCUUUGAUUGGGGUGACUGGGUAUAUUAGUUAUGCACCUGCUUUGGUUGCAAGACAGCUUGGGGGCAUACAAAGCAUUCCAAGAACAAUUGGUUUAGCUCAAUUCACUGGAGUCUAUGAAGGCGCAUAUAAUGAAAUACUGGAGAUCAUUAAGCAUGAUUGGGGCUCUUUGGUGAUAGUUAAAAAGGAGACAGGUGUAAGGAAUCCUACGGUUAGUGAAAGGUAUCCCGAAUGGCGUAAUGGAGGAGUCUCUUAUAUGGCAGAAGUUUCUGAAUCUGUGGGCACUCGAAGAAAAAGAGUGAACAGUGAAGAAGAAUUAAGGGAACAAGUAAAAUUGUUACAAGCCGAGCUUAAAGCAAAGGAGGAGCAGAGAGUGUCCUUGGAGCAGCAGUUAGCCAAAGAAAGAGCUGUGAAAAAAACAGUUGAAGAAGAAAGGGACUCUGUGGGUCAAGACUGGAUAAAGGCAAAGGAUGAAUUGAAGACAAUUAAUAAGGACAUGACAUAUUAUAUGGCAAAAGCUAAGCAUUGA